GCCGCUGCUCGUCCGCCUCCUGCUCGGCUCCCCGGCCCUGGCGCCGCCUUGACGCCCUUCGCACCGCUGCCUGCAGCGCCGUGAGGCGGCGAUGGCUGAGCCCGGCCCUGCCGUGCGUCGCAGGAGCCGCUCUGCCAGUAAGAGGAGCCGGGCCCCAGCGCAGCUUUGCAGCGCCGCCUCGCCGCUGGCGCGCAAGAGGCUCAGCCCCGGCCUUGAGGGGACCCCGGCGGAGCCCCCGGGACAGGCUGCUGGCGCUGAGUGUGAAAAUGAGAGUGAGGAAGACAUGUUUGGUGACUAUGAUAGCUUUUAUGGAAAUGACUCUUUGCUAGCCCAAGUUGAUGAUAUGGAGCAGGUGUACCUGCAGGAUAAAGAUAUGGAUGUUAAAGCUGCUGGAGACUUUGUGCUCGGGAAUCCACAGUCAGGAUUUGAUCCAAGGAAACAAUUGGGUUUUUCUACUUCAGAAAAUGCUGCUGUUCGCAAAGUUGAAAGAAGUGACAGUUUUCAAAUGAACGAAAAAGAACUAAAAGAUAGCAAUGAAGAACCAGGUAAUUUUAUUUUAGAUGAUCUGCCAGCAUCACAAUUCUUGUAUCUUGAUGAAAUGGAUGAGCUUUCCUCUGCUUCUAGGAAACCUGCAGACACAAAAAAGAACGAUAACUACAUGAAUUCUUGCUCGGACAAAAUCUCGAGUCCAUCUUUUUGUCAUGUUGUGGAACAAAGGGAAGAAAAUAUUGAAUCUCCUGUGGGCUCUAAGUGUGACUUCAGUAAACGAGAGAGUCUCAAAGAUCAUCUGAAAAGUGCUAUGACUGGAAAUGCCAAAGCUCAGGCUCCACUGAUUUCUAAGACCAAGCAGCUUAAAGAAGCUAUCUUAUCUGAAGAGAUAAGUGUUGCUAGAAAAACUAUUGAAUCUUCUUCUGAUGAUAUUGGACCUUUUUAUGGAUUACCUAGUAAAGUAAAAGAUCUCCUCAGACAAUUUCGAGGGAUCGAAACACUUUAUGAAUGGCAGCAUGAUUGCUUAACAUUAGAAUCUCUGCAGCAAAGAAAGAAUUUAAUAUACUCGUUACCAACCAGUGGUGGAAAAACACUAGUAGCUGAAAUUUUAAUUCUUCAAGAAUUACUCUGCAGGCAGAAAGAUGUUCUGAUGAUCCUGCCAUAUGUGGCUAUUGUCCAGGAAAAGGUUUGGGGUUUAUCGAGUUUUGGUGUAGAAUUAGGUUUCCUGGUUGAAGAAUAUGCAGGAAGUAAAGGAAGAUUUCCACCAAUCAAGAGAAGAAUAAAAAACUCCCUUUAUAUCGCUACUAUAGAAAAAGGACAUGCUCUAGUGAAUUCCUUGAUUGAAACAGAAAGAAUUGAUCAUCUGGGUCUGGUCGUUGUAGAUGAGUUACAUAUGCUUGGUGAGGGAAGUCGUGGUGCGACACUGGAAAUGACUCUUGCAAAAAUUCUGUACACUACUAAAAAUACACAAAUCAUUGGAAUGAGUGCAACUUUAAAUAAUGUUGGAGACCUGCAGAAGUUCCUACAAGCGGAUUACUAUACCAAUAAUUUUAGACCGGUAGAAUUAAAGGAAUAUAUAAAAAUACGAGAUACUAUUUAUGAAGUUGACAGCAAAGCGGAAAAUGGCUUUACUUUUUCACGCCUCCUUAGUUUCAAGUAUUCUAGUAAUCUGGAGAAAGCGGAUCCUGACCACAUUAUUGCACUGGUGACUGAAAUUAUUCCGAAAUACUCCUGCCUAAUCUUCUGUCCCACUAAAAAGAACUGUGAGAACGUGGUGUCAAUGGUGUGCAAGUAUCUGAACAAAGAAUUUAGAGCUCACAGGGAGAAAGAAAAGCAAGAUCUCAUUAAGAACCUAAAGACUAUUGGAAAUGGAAGUAUCUGUCCUGUUCUGAAGCACACCAUUCCUUUUGGUAUUGCCUAUCACCACAGUGGCCUUACUAAUGAUGAAAGAAAAAGUAUAGAGGAAGCUUAUUCUGCCGGUGUCCUAUGUCUUCUUGCUUGCACAGCAACUUUAGCUGCUGGUGUCAACCUACCAGCUAGAAGGGUUAUUUUAAGAGCUCCUUAUGUUGCUCGAGAGUUCCUGAAGAAGAACCAAUACAAACAAAUGAUUGGCAGAGCUGGUCGAGCUGGUAUUGACACUACUGGUGAAAGUAUUCUCAUAGUACAAGAAAAAGACAAACAGCUGGUUCAAGAUUUAGUUAACAGUCCUUUGGAAAACUGUUACAGCAAUCUCCUGCCUGAGUUCACCAAGGGAAUACAGAGUCUAUUGUUAUCUUUGGUUGGAUUGAAGAUUGCAGUAACCCUUGAGGAAAUCUACAGUUUUAUGUGCCAUACAUUGCUGGGUGUUCAACAGCAAUUGCUGCCUAAAGAAAAGAGUCUCUUGGAUAUAAUUAAAGAAGGAGUAGAAAAUCUGAUAGAGAAUGGACUCCUAAAGGGAGAAAUAUCUGAAAAGGACCAUAAUUCCCAAAGUAAACUAACAAUCACACAGUUGGGCAAGGCUACAUAUAAAGGAUCUAUAGACUUGGCAUACUGCAAUGCGCUCUACAGAGAAUUGAAGAAAGGUUUGGAAGGCCUGGUUCUUGAGAGCAAUCUUCAUCUUCUCUAUCUGGCAACUCCAUAUGAUUUGAAUUAUAACUGCAGCCCGGAUUGGAUGAUAUACUUGAGACAGUUCAACCAGCUAAGUGCAGCAGAGCAAAGAGUGGCAGACAUUGUGGGAGUACCUGAAAGCUAUAUUACGAAAAAGGCUUCUGGUCAAGCCAUCAGAAAGAAUGUGGACAGUGCUAUUAUAAACAGACUGUACCUGUCAUUUGUCCUUUAUACCCUACUGAAAGAGACCAACGUGUGGAGUGUUUCAGAAAAAUUUAAUAUGUCUCGAGGAUAUGUGCAAAGUCUCCUUACUUCUGCUGCUUCGUUUGCCUCUUGUGUUCUACAUUUCUGUGAGGAACUGGAGGAAUUCUGGGUUUAUAAAGCCCUGCUGACAGAACUUACCAAGCAGUUGACCUAUUGUGUUAAGGCAGAACUGAUCCCUCUAAUGGAAGUAGCAGGGGUGCUAGAGGCACGUGCAAAACAGCUUUAUAACGCAGGCUACAAAACUUUAGCACACUUAGCCAAUGCAAAUCCAGAAACACUGGUGAAGAUGAUUGAGCAUUUGUCACGACGUCAAGCCAAACAAAUAGUUUCAUCUGCAAAAAUGCUGCUGAGUGAGAAAGCUGAAGCUUUACAAGAAGAAGUUGAUGAACUGUUAAAGAUGCCUACAGAUAUCCCAGGGGCCUGCUGACCAACUAUUUCAUUAAAAAACAAAAAUCAUGAAGCAAUAGAAUUCAAAUGUUUUUUUAAUUUUUGUAUAAAGCUACUGUAAUUAAAAUAAAUAUUUAAAGUC